UAACGUGGGCAGUGACCCGCGGCGGGGCUGGGGGAGGAAGGAAGUCACAGGCAUGUGAAAAUCACAGAGCUCCUGACAGAGCCAGGCUGUCGCUGGUCCCCACAGGCGUCCUUCGAGUCCGUCCGCGGGGGAUCAGCAUGGCUCACCUGAGCGACUACGGGAACUGGAUGGGUCAUUUGCAGACAAAGGGCAAGAAGCCAGCGGAGCGCAGAGGCACAGCCGCUGAGUCCGACGACGAUGACGACUACGAGAACGUGUCCCUGGAGAACUCUCCCAAGCCCCCGCCCCUGCCGCGCGGGAAGAAGGUGAAGGCGGCCGCGCCAAACCGGAAGGACAAAGGAGCAGCAGGUCCGGCAGCGACACCAGGCAGACCCCCCAAAACCGACCUGGCCAUUUCAGUGAUCUCGGGGGACCCGGUUCUUAGGCCUUCCAACCUCGGGCUGGACCUGUCGUCCGCAGCCGUGGCAGCUGCCUUCCAGCCCCCGGAAGGAGAUCUUCCCCUCCCUAAACCUGCCUCACGGAGAGGCUUCCCUGAAAGGUCUCUGCUGAUCACCUACGUCCUGCUGGGGGUUUGCUUCCUCAUGUGCAGCGUGUUCCUCGUCCUGGCCCUCAUGAAACGCACAGAGCUGCAGCAGGAGUCAGAGGAGCCAAAUUUCCACCUUCCCCAGAGGGCAGCUAAUGUUUCCCAGGACCGAGCAGAUUGGGAGAAGAUCCGAGCAGAGAUUGCAGCACUGCAGAAAACAGUAGAGGCUGUCCAUCUUUCGGUGUCUGGGGAGCUGGCCGCUGUGAAGGAGCUUCACAGUAAAAUGCAAGAGGACAUCACGGCAUUACAGAAAAGAGUGGAUUCUGUCUGCGGCCAUUGCCCGUGGGGCUGGGCCUGGUUCCAGAGAACCUGUUACCACUUUUCAGAGGCUACCAAAACCUGGCAUGAGGCCAAGCAGUUCUGUUCGGAUUACGGGGCACACCUGGUGAUCAUUAACACCAAAGAGGAGCAGGAGUUCUUGGUGAAGAACCGCACAAAGUCCCGGGUAUACUGGCUGGGGCUGAGUGACAAGAAAGUGGAAAAUCAAUGGCUCUGGGUGGAUGGCUCCCCUCUGAAACUCAGCUUCUGGAGCACCGGGGAGCCCAAUGACUCCCAUGACGAGGACUGUGGCACCAUGGCAAUCGACGGGCGCUGGAAUGACAUAAACUGCUACAGGACAGACUACUGGAUCUGCGAAAAGGCCUGGCUCUGCUAGAUCCUGGCUCAGCCGCCAGCCCACGUCCUUCCUGAGCCACGGGCUGACCGGUAGGACCAGGCCCUGCCUCCUCCAGAUUGAUAGUCUCGCCAAGCUGAGUUCUCUUGGUGAUGUGUCCCAUCGCACAACUCUUGCUGGGAGCUAGGGGUUGUUCUGAAUCCCUAGGGGGAUGGUAUUUCUGCAGUGUGUCCUAGUGGGUAGGAUACCAGGCUGGAACACAGCACACAUGGGUUCUCUUCCCUGCUUCAUCCUGGGACCUUGGACAACUCCCUUCCCCAUGCCUCAGUUUCCCCUUGUAAGGGCUCAGGCUGUAUCACUUCUGAAUUUUGGAUGAUUGUAUGACAUUGUACCAUGAAAUGACUGGGUCAUGGAAUGCCUACGUGUGUGUGGAUGCCCCAGGAGGUAGCAGGGUCGGCAUGUCUCUGCCAGGCCAGACGCAAUGGGGACGGACCAGCAUGCAACAUUACGUUAAACACCGUGGGACAAUGCGUUUCCUCUGCCUGGGAGAUGCUGCUUUCUGCUCUUGUCCAAGGUGAGGGAGGCUUGGAAGUAAUGGAAAGUUACCACAAGGCAGGACAAAAGAAGCAGGAGUUUGGAAAGGGACACCCAGUGGGGAGCUUUCUCGGGGACAGAGCCACCUUGCACCAGAUUAAGGGCUGGGCUACACUAGAAAAUCAGACUGACCCACCUAUGUGGGUGAAUAAUCCACCCCCCCGAGCAAUGUAGUUAAGAUGACCUAACACCCAGUGUGGAGGGCUCAGUCGGUGGAAUAAUUCUUCCAUUGAUUUAGCGCUACCCGUCUCGGGGAGGUGGAUUUCCUCUAGUGAUGGGAUAACCCCUCCCGGUGCUGUAUUAUAUGGCUGCCCAGAAACUGGUAAUACUGUUCAACCUUUCUUCCUGUAGUAUAUGAUUACUCAAAAAGAACAGGAGGACUUGUGGCACCUUAGAGACUAACAAAUUUAUUUGAGCAUAAGCUUUC